GUCGGAAGCAAAGGCUAAAGAAACACCAAUGUCUUUUCUUUGAGAGCCAACCAGCCUCAGCGCGCGCGCGCGUGCGUGUGCAGCUUGGCUGCGAGGCUAGAGCAGCAGCGAUGGCGGCGUCCGUGGCCUUCUCCCCCGCAUCCGCAUGCAGGCCGCGGCUCCCCUGCAACCCCCUCUCCGCCUCCACCGCCGCGCCGUCUCUCGUCCGCCUGGCGGGAGCGGGAUCCUCCAGGCGCCUCCGCCCCGCCUCUGCCACGGCGGAGCCGGCCGACGUGCUGCCGGGAUCCGGGGCCGGCGAGCUAGACCUGGACGGGGUGGUGCCGGCGGGGCUGCUCGAGGAGCUGCCGGAGGGCCUCGACUUCCAGGGCACCCCUGGCGGCGACAAGAUGCUCGACCUCGGCAUCAACGCGGCCAUCGUGCUCGGCGCCAUCACCUUCGCGCUCACCAAGGUCCUCACCGUCGACCAGGACUACUGGCAUGGGUGGACUAUCUUCGAGAUCCUGCGGUACAUGCCACAGCACAACUGGUCGGCGUACGAGGAGGCCCUCAGGGCCAAUCCGCUUCUUGUUAAGAUGAUGAUCAGUGGCAUCGUCUAUUCCCUCGGCGACUGGAUAGCCCAGUGCUGCGAAGGGAAGCCCAUCUUCGAGUUUGACCGUGCUCGCAUGUUCCGGUCUGGCCUCAUAGGCUUCACCCUUCAGGGAUCUCUUUCCCACUACUACUACAAUUUCUGCGAGUCGGUGUUUCCGUACAAGGAUUGGUGGGCUGUACCUGUCAAGGCUGCAUUUGAUCAGACGGCUUGGACUGCGCUGUGGAACACCAUCUACUUCGUCUCCUUGGGAUUCCUUCGGUGGGAAUCUCCGUCCACCAUAUUCAGCGAGCUCAAGUCCACCUUCUUCCCCAUGCUUACUGCUGGAUGGAAGCUGUGGCCAUUUGCACACAUAAUUACAUAUGGUGUGGUUCCUAUCGAACAUAGACUUCUCUGGGUCGACUGUGUCGAGUUAAUCUGGGUCACCAUCUUGUCAACUUACUCGAACGAGAAAUCUGAAGCAAGGACCUUAGACGAUUCCUCCACAACAGAUACGCGGGACAACUCCAGAUAGCACAUACUUCAUGUUUUGUUGUUUUAUACUUCUUCCGUCCGAAAAAAAUUGUCCCAAGCUUGUUCCUCAAAUAGAUGUAUCUAGCACCAAAUUAGUGCUAGAUACAUCCAUUUGAGAAACAAACUUUUUCAGACGGAGGGAGUAGAUUGGAACAACAGAAACUGCUCCGGCUUGCUUUGAGAUUGUAUAAAUUGUAUGUACAGUUAGUUACCAGUGCUGCGUGUGUAAAAAACCUUGCAUCUAUUGCAAACAAAUUGUGCUGGCCAAACAAAACCGAAAAUAAAUGGUCUCAAGGGAGAUCAACUCCUGAUGAAAAUUUGAGUUGUGCAGCAACCA